GGUUGUCCAUUUUCUUCGUUUGUUGUGGAACAUACAACAAAUUCGUCUGAUCGAAGAUGUCACCUACGGAGAUAUGUUUGUAUUUGAUGGUAAAGAUACAACAUUACGAUUUAUGCUCAAGGCAACACCGAUGAUUCUUUAUAAAAUGAUGGUUGUUAUAUACAAGCAAGUGUUCUCAAAUCGACUAAAAGCUGUUUACAUUAUCAAUGCCCCUCCCUUUACAGAAAAGCUUCUUGCUAUUCUUAGGAGUGUUCUAAAACCUAAACUCAUAGAACGAAUACACUUUUGUGAAAAUUUGGGUGUUUUAGUUGAAAAAAUCGGGAGUGAAGUUCUUCCUAUGGGUUAUGGAGGCAAAGAAAAUUCUCUAGAAGAAUUGCAGGAAAAGCUUCAUCAAAAAUUUAGGAGCGUGAAGAUUAUUUUACUCAACUGGACAAAAUUCGUAUACAUCAAGCUUUGAAACCUCAGACUCUGAAAAAUGA